UGGUCGGCGGCGGCGGCAGCAGCUACACAGGCCGGCGGUAGCGCGAGCACCUGAUCUGGCUCGCCUUUGCCUCCCGGCCCCGGCUCCCCUCGGCUCCACGUGCCCCGACGCUGCCUCAGUCCUCCCACCCGCUCAUAGCCCGGCCUCGGCCGCCUGCCUCUACCGCCGCAAUGAUGAUGAUGGCGUUGAGCAAGACCUUCGGGCAGAAACCCGUGAAGUUCCAGCUGGAGGACGACGGCGAGUUCUACAUGAUCGGCUCUGAGGUGGGAAACUACCUCCGUAUGUUCCGAGGUUCUCUGUACAAGAGAUACCCCUCACUCUGGAGGCGACUAGCCACUGUGGAGGAGAGGAAGAAAAUAGUUGCAUCGUCACAUGGUAAAAAAACAAAACCUAACACUAAGGAUCAUGGAUACACAACCUUGGCUACCAGCGUCACUCUGUUAAAAGCUUCAGAAGUGGAAGAGAUUCUGGAUGGCAAUGAUGAGAAGUACAAGGCUGUGUCCAUCAGCACGGAGCCCCCCACCUACCUCAGGGAACAGAAAGCCAAGAGGAACAGUCAAUGGGUGCCCACCCUGCCCAACAGUUCCCACCAUCUGGAUGCUGUGCCUUGCUCCACGACCAUCAACAGGAACCGCAUGGGUCGGGACAAGAAGAGGACCUUCCCUCUCUGCUUUGAUGACCACGACCCAGCUGUGAUCCACGAGAAUGCAUCUCAGCCUGAGGUGCUGGUCCCUAUCCGGUUGGACAUGGAAAUUGAUGGGCAGAAGCUGCGGGACGCCUUUACCUGGAACAUGAAUGAGAAACUGAUGACCCCUGAGAUGUUUUCAGAAAUCCUCUGUGAUGACCUGGAUUUGAAUCCACUAACAUUUGUGCCAGCCAUCGCCUCUGCCAUCAGGCAGCAGAUUGAAUCCUAUCCCACAGACAGUAUCCUGGAAGACCAGUCAGACCAGCGUGUCAUCAUCAAGCUGAACAUCCACGUGGGAAACAUCUCGCUGGUGGACCAGUUUGAGUGGGAUAUGUCAGAGAAGGAGAACUCACCGGAGAAGUUCGCCCUGAAGCUAUGCUCAGAGCUAGGGUUGGGCGGCGAGUUUGUCACCACCAUUGCCUACAGCAUUCGGGGACAGCUGAGCUGGCAUCAGAAGACCUAUGCCUUCAGUGAGAACCCCCUACCCACGGUGGAGAUUGCUAUCCGGAACACAGGCGACGCUGACCAGUGGUGCCCACUGCUAGAGACUCUGACAGAUGCUGAGAUGGAAAAGAAGAUUCGAGACCAAGACAGGAACACGAGGCGUAUGAGGCGUCUCGCCAACACCGCCCCAGCCUGGUAACCAGCCCAUCAGCGCUUGGCUCCCACAGUGUGUUCAGAAGAUGGAGCCACCUCUCCUUCAUCUGGCGAAGAGGGAGGCAAGGGGGCAGCCUGGGCAGCCCUGAGGAGCACAGGGCAGGGAGCCUUCCAGGUGACCCUCCCUCCAGGCACACAUUCCAUUUGCUGAGCUCUGGUCCCCAGCACCCCAGUCUCUGGUUGGGAAGAGGCCUUGUCUGGGGUUGUGUUUUGUUUUUUUAAAGGAGCCCCAGACAGGGCUAGCAACACUUUUUAAAUAAAAGGAGCAGGUCCUGUUCCAUUUCUUCAAAGUGGUAAUGUAAGAAUAAGAAUGGGAGAGAACAAGAUCCCCCCUAGCUGAGUGAUCUGUGGCCAAGGCUGGUGUGCUAGGCCUCUUGCACUUCUCGAGUUCAGGUGGACAGGUGGGGGGAUGGUUGGGACCCAGGACUCUACUUAGUCACCCUCACCCCUCCCAGGCUCCUGAGUCUGAGCAUAAUCCUUACUUUUCCUUUAGUCCUCCAUUUUCCCACCAAGAUCCAUGCUUGGCUCAUCCUUGUAGAGGGGGAAAUGAGAAAUGUGGUCAGGAGUCUCCUCGGGCAGGGGGUCAACUUGCUCUUUCAGUGACAGCCCUUAUCUCCAGACCCUUUGCUUUGAAGUAAUAACAGACGCUCCCACUAUCCCUGGGUUCUGCUGUGUCCAGUCAGUCCCUUGCAGAGGCCUGUCCCAUGUAGGCACUGUAGGGAACAUAUCCGGCCAGGGUCCCUGUGGACCUGUGCUGGCUGGUCCAGCUCUAGCAGGUAUGCACCACUCACUAUACCUCCCAACAGCACACUCAAAGUAGGCAGCUGGGGUGCAGUCCCAUCCCUGGCUAGUGCUGGGGCCUGGGCUGGCUCUUCCCUUCUGGGCACUUGUGAGGAAUAAGCAUAUCCAGCAGUUCAGCCAUGCACGGCCCAGUGUUGGGUCUGUGGGGUGAGUUGGUAGGUAGGAAAGGAGGCACGGCUCUGGGUCUCUUCCCAGCUCUGCCUCUGAUCAGCUUGCUGCAUCCUUGUCUCUAAGGUGGAAGUAUCCAUACCACAGAAGGGAUCUGGGGUCCAUGAGGAUGGCAUGUGUAAGUCUCCUACUUAAGCCAAGCACUGCUUAGUGGUCUGGGCACACAGCUGCAGUCUUAACUGAAGAGAGUGGGCCCAGUCCCCUGGCACCUUUGGAUGUCAGGGCAGCUCUAUUCCCUGAGGGCCUGAGAGGGAACCUGUGGCAUCUGGCUCCCAACCUGAGCCCCAUAUCGAGGGGACAACUGGCAACCUUAGAAACCAGUGGGCUCCAUUGUUAAGGUGUUCAGUUUGUGUGCAAUACAGUCCUGUGCCCUCACAACUGGUCUGAUGAAAUGAAUCCUGUUUGCCUGAAGUCCACUGGGCAGGCUGGCCUACCUACACAGGAGAGGCCUAGGAAAGAGCCUUCAUCUGAGCACUGCCAGCCCACACCACUGCAGAGCUCUACAAGGUUUCACUACAAGAUUAAGGUCAGACUGGUGAAUUUUUUGGCAUCCAUGAACAUGACAGCUUAUGUCUGGAGGAGUUCCCAUACUAUGUUCAUCCAGAAAUACACCAUAAUGUUAGUCUAGGGCAACACAAAUAGCUGUCCAGGUCUUCAGAUGCCCACUUUACAGAAGAGAAAAGUGAGCUGCAGGAUUAUAUAAAGUUUCCGUGGUCCUCAGCAAAAAAUGGCAGGGCCAGAACUUGAGAGAUAGCUGCUGCCCCUGCUAAGAUGAAAACUCAAGGCUUUGGAGUCACAGAAAGGGCAGAGGACUGGUCCUGACCUUCCUUUGCACCUGACCCCAGGGACCUUCCCCAAGUCUGUUAGCUGCCCAGCAGGAAAAUGGGCAAAGAACCACUUGUUACUGGUAAGGGACAGGAAGGGAGCAACUGAGACAUCAGCCUAAAGGCACCACAGGCAGAAGCCCCCAGAAUGGGCUUCUGGCAAAUGGGGACAGACUAGUCCCAGACUUUGCUAUGCAGAUCUGUCUAUCCUCCAUGCUGACUGGCAGGAGCAGAGGCCCAUCUGGGUACUGGGAGGGAUUUGUCAAGGGCUCCACCAAGGCACUGACCAGGCUGGGAUAAAAAUCCCAAAUGUGCCUCUGUGAGGUCAUCUGCAUCUGCUGGGCAACCACAGGCAGGUUCUUAAUGUUCUGAGCUUCUCAUUCUAUCUCCUACAAUUGGCCUGAGAGGGCAGGCCCCAUUUGGCAGGAGUAAAACUGCCCUGUACCAGCCCCAAUCCAAGAGCAGAGGGUAGGCAGGGCCCAACCGGAUUUGGUGGCCUAAAGUGCCUGCCCAGCUUGGCAUGAUGUGCCAGCUGAGACAGGGGAAACCAGUGCCAUGCGUGGAGACUGCAGAUCAUUUUGUUUAUUUGGGUGAGUGUUGGGUACAGGCCCAGCCUCCAGAAGAGGAUGCUCUGCUGCAAGAAGGGGUUAGGCGUGGGAUGGAGGUCUGCCAAGAAAACAUGCUUUGUGGCCUUGCCCUGACCCUAGGUAGGGUCAUUGUGGCAGGGUUUCUGGCUGCUCCUCAGGGAGGGGCAGAUAAUUGGUAUCUUCGUCUGGGGUAUCCAGUAGCAGCUUCCUGUGGGGAGGGACCAACACUGAGUUGAGGCCCCGGUGGGACCCCGAUGAGGUAGGGAACCUUGUAAGGUAGAGUAGGGGAAUGAUGUCAUCUGCAGCACUCACAGGAAACCAGGGGUCAGCAGCAGCCUCUUGCCUCCAGGCUGGUUGGGGAAGACAUCCUCCAGGAAGUAGUAGAUAUGGCCCACAGCAAUCCCUGUGAGAGAGCCUCAGACUGCUGAAGCCACCCUCCAUGGUCCAGUGCUUGAGGUCAGCAAAGCCUACUCCAGGCCUCUGUGUAGAGCUCUAUCGGCCCAGCCAGGCCCAGAGUAAGCUUAAGCCCUGGAGCGUGAAUGCCCAACGUCCUAUACAGGCUGCCAGCCCAGGGCAGAGUCAGGGUUGACCUUGAAGGACAAGCUUGCAGGGCCCAGCAGUGGGCAGAAUUUGAGUAGAGCCUGAGACACUAGAAAUAGGAGCCAUGGCUGGAAGCCUGACCCAGCCAUUCCCCACCUGGUCAGGAGCCACACAAGCAUCAGCAGGUGGUGCCUAAAUAUGUGAAGCCUGUAGGCCAGCUAAUUUGUUUAAGAGACUGCCAACAGAUGCCGGGAGGGCAGAAAGAAGAGCUGGGGGCACAGAUGAGGUUCAGUGCAGGUGGGAGGGAAGGGCUCUUAACAAAGCAGCCAGCCUGGGGUGGCCCUUCCCCAUAACUUCAGGUACAGACAGACUUGCUUGGGAUGGGCUGGAUGGACAGACAGGCUCACCCAGCAGGUCCACGAGGAUGGAGUUGCCCAGCAGCAGUGAGAAGCCCAUGAGUGCCCAGGGCAGGAAUGGCGCCUGAAGAGUGAGGAGGCCGAAGAGGUUGACCCUCACCUGAGGGCUGCGGCGACUCCAUACAUACACCAGCAUGGCUGUGAGGGCCUGACCUAGGAAGAACAGGCUACCCAGGAGUCCCAGGAGCUGAGCCAGAGUCAAGGUGCUGAGAGGCCCUCCUCUGGUGCAGGCCAAGUUGGCUCCUGCCUGGGGUCCUCUGACUUACCAAUCCUCACACUAGUUUCCCAUCUCUCAUCACCCCUAUAUGCACCCUUCCAUUCAAGGCCAAACUAACUCCCAGGCCCAAAGUAUCUUCCCUGCCUCCCACCUCAUCUCUGUCUCCAGCUGCCGGUUACCCCCGACCCAGGUUCUCCCGACCACUGGUGUUUAGGGUUCAGCACCCCAUUUGGCUCUUUGGCCUAUCGCCUGGUGGUAUUUUGUGCUGUGGUACAGCACUGAAGAUCUAGUCCAGGCCCCUGAGCAAGCACAGGAUGUAUGCCUGAUGAUGCCUAAGCUGGAGUGAUGUCCCUCCCCGGCCCCGGCGCUCACAUCAGGGCCUGAGACCAACAAAGGCUGGAACCAGAGGCGCUGUGUUUGUAGAGUCCGGGAAGGAUACGGUCAUAAGGAUGCCUCCGAAGAGAAACAUGAAGACGAAGUCGGCCGUGCGGCCGCGGAAGGAACCCUCCUCCAGCAUGCGGCAGUAUCGGAACCUGCGGCUUUCGUAUAGGAAAUGCCACCUGGCGGGGCCUCGGUUUCCCCGCUCCCGACCUCCUUCAGCCCUUCAGCCCCUCCCACUCCCGCCUGGGUCGCGGCGCAGGAUACACGAAAAGCAUGUUGAAGAAGAAGCUGAAUCCCAGAGGCCCGAAAAAGAGGAAGUUGGUGACGAGCCUCCAGACCUGCG